GUAUUUUCUCAAUCAGAUCUUUAUAAAAUGUUUCCACUUACCUGGCGGACUACUAGGAUGGUCGUUGAAGUUAGAUUUAAUCCUGUUUCCAAGACUGUACUGAAAAAAACGUUAAGGAGUUUUGGUAAAGAUUAUAAUCUAAAAAUCCCCGUCGAUCUUUUGGAUGAACUUUCUAUGUUCGGCGAUGUUCGAGCUGCGUUUGCCACUCUUCAGUUUUUACUGAUCGGCAAAAAUUUGAAUGCCGAGCUAGAAGAUUCUCGUCAAAGUCUCGCUUUUUGUGGAAGGACUUUAAAUAAAACGCUUUAUCAGCUUUUGGGCUCGAUACUUCACGCUAAACGAAUAGAACCCAGCGAACCUCCAGUUUCCUUCUUUUUGCGACCCGAAUUGGCACGCAACCCGCUGAAGUUGGACAUCGAUGAGGCGCUGAGAAAUAUGAGUGCGUCCCCGGAGAACCUCUGCUUGCACUUGCAUGAAAAUAUGUGCAACUUUUCGGACGACAUCGAGUCCCUGUGCAAAGCGGCUGAUUACUUGAGCCACGCGGAUAUGCUCGUCCAAUGGCAGCACAGCUUUUCGCGACUUAUAUCUCUUGAGGUGGCCAUGAGAGGGACGCUGUUUGCAAAUAGAACGUCUGGAAGGCCCCGCGGAUGGGUCACCGUCCGACCACCUGCCUGGUACGAGAGCACGCGGAAGGCUGUCGAAAAUCACAUGCUCAUCCUUGACACGUGGCAAUAUUCUUUUUCAGAAAAUUCGAAUGCUGUUCUGCGCAAGAAACAGCUCUUCACUGAGCUUGCCCCUUUCGGCGGCUUGCUUUCACGUGCUCCGGUUUCUGAGCACUUUCGUAAGUUGACCUCCUUCUCGAAGUCUUGGUGUUCGGAAUGCCACGAAUCCGAGAGCGAGCCCGCCAGUACGGUUUACCCCCUCAAAAGGGCACAAAGCCAGCGCAGGGCCAGCAGAGUCUUAUUUCUAGUGGACGAUGACAUCGAAGAAGUUUAAGUAAACAUUGCAGGUAGAGGUCGGUCUUUAUUGAAGAAGCGCAGAAUAAAGGAGAUAUCAUUU